AUGAGAUCCGACGACCAAGCCCCAGAAUGCACGGGAGCUGCCUACGAACAACAGCAUGUCCACAAAGUGUACGAAUCGAUCGCCGCCCAUUUCUCACAGACCCGAUACAAACCCUGGCCAAUCGUCGCUGAUUUUUUGGAUAGACAGCCCGUAGGCUCGAUCGGUUUGGAUGCCGGAAAGUAUCUACACGGUCACAACAUCACCACCCAGAUCAAGAACGGUCCUAGUAAUCCAAGCCAGCAGAUAGCACUCGGAGGGAGACCGCCUGGUCAAGUUCUCGAGGAGGAGCCACGUUACUUCAUGUUGGGCCUCGACCGAUCAGCCUCUCUACUCUCACUAUCACAACACAUCCACUCUGUCCCCGAGCUGGUCCAUGGGGAUUGUCUGAGCCUGCCCUUCCGCUCGAACCUCAUCUUCGACUUCGCUAUUUCGAUCGCAACCCUCCACCAUCUCUCGACGCCCGAGAGAAGACUCGAGGCCAUCAAGCUCCUCCUCUCUUCCGUCAAACCUUCUCAUCCUUCCCGUACAGGCCGGAUCCUCAUCUUCGUCUGGGCUCACGAACAGGGCGAAAAGUCGCGCCGAAAGUGGGCGAAGGGGACUUUAUUGCCCGCACCCAAGCUUGGAUCAACUGCAUCGGCUACCUCUCUAGAACCAGACCUUGAAAACAUAGAAGAACUCGCCAACUUGCAAGAUGUUUUAGUUCCCUGGGUUCUCAACAAUCACGCUGACGAUAAGACGACCGAUAAAGCAAAGACUUACAAUCGAUACUACCACCUAUUUCGUGAGGGGGAAUUGGUCGAACUCGUGAAACGUGCCGCCGAAUCUCUUGAGCUUUGCUUCAACCAAAUUGACUCCAAUACUCCCGAGUCGCCUCUCUCUCAUCAGAAAGACUGCUCCACGUCGGUGAUUCUGGCAAAAGCUUUAUCUCCGCUGACGCUUCCCAUCGGCCUGUGGUCGCCCAUCACGCCUUCUGGGCCUACCACGCUCAUUGAUGUAUAUUCGACGACAUCGAAUGACCAUGAACUGCCCGCGCCCAAGGCGAUCAGUAACUACUACCGACGAUCGCAGUCAACCCAAAACGAAAUCGAAUGCCACCGAGGUAUCCAGCCUCAACUUGUUCCUAGCAUGUCAGCAUACCAAAAAAUGGCAAAUGCUGCCCAUUGUGAGGCUGCUGCCCAUUGUGAGGCAAGAGCUAGCUGGUUUGGCAAAAGUAGUGUCGGCCAUGGCUAA